AUGGCCGCCAACUGGACUGGACCUUGCUGGGCGGACAAGACCCCAAGCAAAGAAAGACAGAUUCACACAUCUGCCCUUCUCGACAUCAUUCAAAGGCAUAUACCAUUCGCCUACAUCAUCGAUGUGCCAAAUUCAACAAGCGGACCCACAGACCUGCUCCGCCUCGGCAUCAGUCAAAAGGCGUUGAUACAGCGCUCUACGCCUCAAGCCUCCGACCUCCAGACGCAGAAACUCCAAUAG